UUGGGAAAAGCUGGAGUGUGCACCCUAAACUCGAAGCUGGCAUGUACCAUGUCCAGGGCAGUACCAUGUCUUCCCCUGUGCCCACGCAGUGCCUCUGGGACUCGGAUGUCACUUCUUGGAACAGUUUCCCUGCAAGUGGAUAUUGUUCCCAGCCAGGGAGAAAUCAGCGUUGGAGAGUCCAAAUUCUUCCUGUGCCAAGUGGCAGGAGAAGCCAAAGAUAAGGACAUCUCCUGGUUUUCCCCCAACGGAGAAAAGCUGAGCCCAAACCAGCAGCGGAUCUCAGUGGUGUGGAACGAUGACGACUCCUCAACGCUCACCAUCUACAACGCCAAUAUCGAUGAUGCCGGCAUCUACAAGUGUGUGGUCACUGGCGAGGAUGGCACCCAGUCUGAGGCCACUGUCAACGUGAAGAUCUUCCAGAAGCUCAUGUUCAAGAAUGCACCAACCCCACAGGAGUUCAAGGAAGGGGAAGAUGCGGUAAUUGUGUGUGAUGUGGUCAGCUCUCUGCCCCCAACCAUCAUCUGGAAACACAAAGGCCGUGACGUUAUCCUGAAGAAAGAUGUCCGAUUCAUAGUCCUGUCCAACAACUACCUGCAGAUCCGGGGCAUCAAGAAGACAGAUGAGGGAACUUACCGCUGUGAGGGCAGAAUCCUGGCCAGGGGAGAAAUCAACUUCAAGGACAUUCAGGUCAUUGUAAAUGUACCGCCCACUGUCCAGGCCAGACAAAGCAUCGUGAAUGCCACUGCCAACCUGGGCCAGUCUGUCACCCUGGUGUGUGAUGCUGAUGGCUUCCCGGAACCUACCAUGAGCUGGACAAAGGAUGGAGAACCCAUAGAAAACGAGGAAGAGGAUGAUGACAAGCAUAUCUUCAGCGAUGACAGUUCUGAGCUGACGAUCAGGAACGUGGACAAAAAUGACGAGGCUGAGUACGUCUGCAUUGCUGAGAACAAGGCUGGCGAGCAGGAUGCAUCCAUCCACCUCAAGGUCUUCGCAAAGCCCAAAAUCACCUAUGUAGAGAAUCAGACCGCCAUGGAACUGGAGGAGCAAGUCACUCUUACCUGCGAAGCCUCAGGAGACCCCAUCCCCUCCAUCACCUGGAGAACUUCCACCCGAAACAUCAGCAGUGAAGAAAAGACUCUGGAUGGACACAUAGUGGUCCGCAGCCAUGCUCGUGUGUCCUCCCUGACCCUGAAGAGCAUCCAGUACACAGAUGCUGGAGAGUACAUCUGCACUGCCAGCAACACCAUUGGUCAGGACUCGCAGUCCAUGUACCUUGAAGUUCAAUAUGCCCCCAAGCUCCAGGGCCCUGUGGCUGUCUAUACUUGGGAAGGGAACCAGGUGAACAUCACCUGUGAGGUCUUUGCCUACCCAAGUGCCACAAUCUCCUGGUUCCGAGAUGGUCAGUUGCUGCCAAGCUCCAACUACAGCAAUAUCAAGAUCUACAACACCCCAUCUGCUAGCUACCUGGAGGUAACCCCUGACUCAGAAAAUGACUUUGGAAACUACAAUUGUACGGCAGUGAACCGCAUUGGGCAGGAGUCCUUGGAAUUCAUCCUUGUUCAAGCAGACACACCGUCUUCUCCAUCCAUCGACCGGGUGGAGCCAUACUCCAGCACAGCGCAGGUGCAGUUUGAUGAGCCAGAGGCCACGGGUGGAGUGCCCAUCCUCAAAUACAAGGCUGAGUGGAAGUCUCUGGGUGAAGAAGCAUGGCAUUUCAAGUGGUAUGAUGCCAAAGAAGCCAACAUGGAAGGCAUUGUCACAAUCAUGGGCCUGAAGCCUGAGACAAGGUAUGCGGUCCGACUGGCGGCCCUCAACGGCAAGGGCCUGGGCGAGAUCAGUGCAGCCACUGAGUUCAAGACACAGCCAGUCCGGGAACCCAGUGCACCCAAGCUGGAAGGGCAGAUGGGAGAGGAUGGGAACUCCAUCAAAGUGAACUUGAUCAAGCAGGAUGACGGAGGCUCCCCAAUCAGGCACUAUCUGGUCAAGUACCGAGCGAAACUUGCCUCUGAAUGGAAACCCGAAAUCAGGCUCCCAUCUGGCAGUGACCACGUCAUGCUCAAGUCCCUGGACUGGAACGCCGAAUAUGAAGUAUCUGUGGUAGCUGAGAAUCAGCAAGGGAAAUCCAAGGCAGCUCAUUUUGUGUUCAAGACCUUAGCCCAGCCCACGGCCAUCCCAGCCAACGGCAGCCCCACCGCAGGCCUGAGCACCGGUGCCAUCGUGGGCAUCCUCAUUGUCAUCUUCGUCCUGCUCCUGGUGGUCAUGGACAUUACCUGCUACUUCCUGAACAAGUGUGGCCUGCUCAUGUGCAUUGCUGUUAACCUGUGUGGCAAAGCUGGGCCCGGAGCCAAGGGCAAAGACAUGGAGGAGGGCAAGGCUGCUUUCUCGAAAGAUGAAUCCAAAGAACCCAUCGUGGAGGUCCGAACAGAGGAGGAACGGACUCCAAACCAUGAUGGAGGGAAGCACACAGAGCCCAACGAGACCACACCGCUGACAGAGCCCGAGCUGCCUGCUGACACCACAGCCACUGUCGAGGACAUGCUGCCUUCUGUCACCACCGUCACCACUAACUCUGACACUAUCACCGAAACUUUUGCCACUGCUCAGAACAGCCCCACCAGUGAGACCACUACACUGACCUCCAGUAUUGCCCCACCGGCCACAGCUGUGCCGGACUCCAAUUCUGUGCCCACUGGUCAGGCCACCCCUUCCAAGGGGCCCGGUGUCACUGCCGCAUCCACGCCCCCAGCCUCGGCCCCAAAGGUUGCUCCUCUUGUUGACCUGAGCGAUACCCCGACCUCAACUCCCUCUGCUAGCAAUUUGUCCUCCACUGUCCUGGCUAACCAAGGAGCUGUACUCAGCCCCAGCACCCCUGCCAACGCGGGGGAGGCCUCCAAAGUCCCUCCAGCCAGUAAGCUGUCCCCUGCUCCAACCCCCACCCCAGCUGGGGCAGCCAGCCCCUUAGCAGCAGUAGCUGCCCCUGCCACAGAAGCCCCCCAGGCCAAGCAGGAAGCCCCCAGCACCAAAGGCCCGGACCCAGAGCCCACCCAGCCUGGCGCCAUGAAGAACCCACCUGAGGCAGCCACAGCCCCUGCUAGCCCGAAGAGCAAGGCUGCCUCCGUCAGCACCACAAACCCUUCCCAGGGCGAGGACUUAAAAAUGGACGAAGGGAACUUCAAGACCCCAGAUAUUGACCUUGCAAAGGAUGUUUUUGCAGCCCUGGGCUCUCCUGCUCCGGCCACUGGGGCCAGUGGACAAGCCUCUGAGCUUGCUCCUCCCACUGCAGACAGCGCGGUGCCGCCUGCACCAGCAAAGACCGAGAAGGGUCCUGUAGAAGCAAAGUCCGAGUCCCAGGAGUCAGAAGCAAAGCCAGCGCCAACUGAAGUCAAGACGGUCCCCAACGAUGCCACACAAACAAAAGAGAAUGAGAGCAAAGCAUGAUGGGUACCUAGCAACAAGCAAAGAUCAAAAUAAAAAGUGACACAGCAGCGGCUUCACCAGAGCAUCCCCAAAUCUCUCUCUCCCUCUCUCCCGUCUCUCUCCGUCUCUCUCUCUCUCACACACACGCACACGUGCGUACACACACACACACACACUCACACACUCAUUCCUCUAGUGUCUCUUGCCUUUAAAAAAAAAACAGAUAACAGAGGAUUGCCUUUUUGUAGGUUUCUAGAAAGGGCUCCUUUGUUGCACACUCACUUGUAAAAAAAAUGAGACAAAAAGGUUAAACCCACAGCCAAACUAGGACACUCCGUUCCCUGAAACCAUUUAAAAAUCAAACAAAAGGACCCCAAAUUAAGAAUCUAGGAAGCUCAGAAAGAAAAAAAAUCUAGGUUCAGAAAGGCUGCAAUUGGUGUUACCCAAUUGGCACAGAUCGGUUUCAGAAAAAUGCUUCCAAGAGCUCAGACUAACCGAAUGAACCGGGUUCGCAGCUUAUUUUUAUACUUUCAGUCAAGUUGGGACUCGGUAGAACCUCACAAAGAAGUUAGGCUUUCCGUUCACUCUGUACUUGUUCGGUAUGCAAAGCGCAGCGCUCCCGUUGGCUGCUUCAGUUCCCAUGUAGACUCCAGCGCCAUAGGAGGAAUGCCAAAUCGCAGCUCAUUCCACGUCUUUUUCCUUUGUUUUCCUUCCACUGUUUCUUCCCUUUCCCUUUCUUCCUCUCUUCCUACUUUGCUUUCCAGUGUUUACAAGUUGACAGAUGUUUGACUUCGGUUGUGUUUGAUGUUUGUGUAAAAUGCCUGCCUUUUUGUUUUCCUUUGAGCAACAGGUAACCCCAUAGAGGCAGGUAGAAUCCCCCCAGGUUGCUUAGCACAGGGUGAAGGUUAUAAAUGACGAUUGUUUACAGUGGGUCUACCCCCCACCCCCACCACCAAUUCUGAUUCGUUGCAGUUUUUACCUGUGUCAAACUGGGGUGAAAGCCCUCUCCUUCUGGAAUGAUUUUGCCUCUUUUUUUUUUUCUGUUUGAUUCUGUUGCUGUUUCUUAGGGGGAGAGGGGACCUUAGACCACUUUCGGAUUAGCUGCCACCUGCCUGUGUCUGUGACACCGGACCUGCCUCCCAGGUGUCUGCACACCCUUCCUCUGAAGGACUCCUUUGGCUUUGUUGAAUGAAGCAGAGAAGAUUGUAUAGUUGGGGCUGGUCUUGGUGAACACACUCUUUUUUUUACCCCCAAACACCCCAUUUUUUUGUAGAAAGCCAAAUAAAAUAUAUACAUACCAUUUCAUUUCCUUUUGAGCCCAGAAUCUAGAUUUGAGCGGAAGAGCACGCGUGCUUCAGGGAAGUAGUGUCUCCUUUUGGAAAUCUGUUGAAGUAAAGUGACAUCGGCCUUCUGUUCGCUUAGGCAACAUUUGUAAAAACAAAUACUGUCUGGAGUUAUAAUCCAACUUUCCAAGUGGGGGAAAAUACAGAAACUUUCAGGGGGACGGGAGGGGGGGAGAAGGGAAAAGCCAGCCCUUUGUAUAGACAUUUUGCUUUUGUUUUUCAUUCGACUUUAGAACCGCAAGCUUGUGCACUGUGGAUGCGUGAAUAUUUUAGUGUGAAACGUGUUUUUGUCAUAGUAUUGAAAUAAAACUUCAACAUAGUUUGGUUGUGGAAGGUAUAGCAGAUAGUUCAGAAAAAGAAAAAAAAAAGCUAUUCAGGAAACAAACAGACACACAAACGACCCGAAACGUCAAAAGGAAUCGAAGCCUUUCAACAAAGGAAACGAAAUACAGGUGAUGCUGAUGCAGAGGACACUAAAGCCAACAGACGUCCAUCCGACAGCACGGGUUCCUUUCCCAAGUACAAAGCAGCAAGCGGUGAGGGUGGCAGAUGGCCUCUGUGUCCCCUUUGUGGGCUGCGCACCCUGGGUUCUGACACUUCUGCAGCGUGACCAGUGGCAAUGCUAGGUUAUAAUUUCAAACUGUGAAAAAUAAUGGUCUUGUCAUUUACUCGAUGUGGGGUUAUUUUGCAUUUUCUCAGCUCCUGGGGACGGAAGCUGGAGGAUCCCAGAACACUCAGCCUGGCCCCUGUCACCCCAGGACCUGCCCAGAUCCAUAGUUAACAGGUCCUCAGGACGAGCUAUGGGGAAGACAGCUCUGAGGGCACACAGCAGAAUGGGAAAGGCGGGUCGUGCCCAAGCCAGAGAGGUCCUAGUGGUGAGGGACAGACUCCUCUGGGCGUAGCCCGUCCUGUGGGAUCUGUUCCCCAUGGUGUGAAGUCAGUGGCUUGAGCAGCUAAGGGCACACUGUGCCUCCUGGAACUGAUGUAUUCCACUCUGUGGUUCGACACAUUGAGGUUAGUUCUGCUGACUAGGACGAGACAGAACCACCCUAGAAUAACCUGGCCCAGGGUGACUGACCUCCUGAACGCUGGCCCCACCAUUCGCUGGACUAGAUAGCCCACACUUGGAUCUGCCUCUCUCUUUACACACAUGUUUGUCUCAUCAUGCAUGGGUUUCCUCCUUUUUUAAGCAGUAAUCUCUCUAAAAUGAAAGAGGGAGUCGGUGUAUUUCCACGUUCUUUUAUCUGAAGAGAUAAACACAGUUCAUCUCCUGUGGUUUUUUUUUUUAAGUUUUUAGAAGGAGGGAUGGACUCAUCAGUUUCAAUGUUGAUGUGUUGUAUGUCUACGUGGCAUACAUAUGUAUCACACAAAGACCAGCAUGGCCAAGUUCUGUGGGAAGGCCACCCAGGUGCCAUGAGUGGGGUCUCCCAAUCCUGAAGGGCCAAGGUGUAUUCAAUAGGGACUCUAUGUUCUCACUUUUCUAUGGACCCUCCCACGUCCCAGGGUCUCACCCUCAGCUGUCCGUCUGGAUGGUGGUGGUCACACCUCCAUUAACAUCCUUACCCAGCAUUCUGUACUUCGGGGGCCUUCUCUCUUGUUAUAAAACUUUUUACUGAGUGAAACAUCAACACCACCUUUGUUUCCAUUCUCACUGCUGUAAAUACUGAGUACUAACUGAGAAUUUUGACUUUGCAUUCUGUCAGAAUACUUGUGUUCAAUAAAAACUGAAA